AUGUGUCCUCCUAAACGCCUGCUCAUCCCCAUGGUUGACAAACAGCGAUUUCCCAAGAUAGCUGCCGCACACUCAGUUCCGAAUCUCUGCGCCCCGGCCCGCGCGCCGCCCUGUCUCCUGCUCCUCGUCCUUCUCCUGCUGCCUGAGCUCGCCUCCUCGUCCCGGCCCCGUGCCUGGGGGGCCCCUGCGCCCAGCGCUCCGCACUGGAAUGAAACUGCAGAAAAAAAAUUGGGAGUCCUGGCAGAUGAAGAUAAUACAUUGCAACAGAAUAGCAGCAGUAACAUCAGUUACAGCAAUGUAAUGCAGAAAGAAAUCACACUGCCUUCAAGACUCAUAUAUUAUAUCAACCAAGACUCAGAAAGCCCUUAUCAUGUUCUUGACACAAAGGCAAGACACCAGCAAAAACAUAAUAAGGCCGUCCAUCUGGCCCAGGCAAGCUUCCAGAUUGAAGCCUUUGGCUCCAAAUUCAUUCUUGACCUCACACUGAACAAUGGUUUGCUGUCUUCUGAUUACGUGGAGAUUCACUAUGAAAAUGGGAAGCCACAGUACUCAAAGGGUGGAGAACACUGUUACUACCAUGGAAGCAUCAGAGGUGUCAAAGACUCCAAGGUGGCUCUGUCAACAUGCAAUGGACUUCAUGGGAUGUUUGAAGACAGUACCUUCGUGUACAUGAUAGAGCCGCUGGAGCUGACUCAUGACGAGAAAAGCACAGGUCGGCCACAUAUCAUCCAGAAAACCUUGGCGGGACAAUAUUCCAAGCAAAUGAAGAAUCUCAGUACAGAAAGCAACGACCAGUGGCCCCUUCUGUCUGAAUUACAGUGGCUGAAAAGGAGGAAGAGAGCCAUGAAUCCCUCUCGUGGUGUAUUUGAAGAAAUGAAAUAUUUGGAGCUUAUGAUAGUUAAUGAUCACAAAACGUAUAAGAAGCAUCGUUCUUCUCAUGCACAUACCAACAACUUUGCAAAAUCUGUGGUCAACCUUGUGGAUUCUAUUUACAAGGAGCAGCUCAAUACCAGGGUUGUCCUGGUGGCCGUAGAGACCUGGACUGAGAAGGAUCAUAUUGACAUCACCACCAAUCCUGUGCAGAUGCUCCAUGAAUUCUCCAAAUACCGGCAGCGUAUCAAGCAGCAUGCUGACGCUGUGCACCUCAUCUCGCGCGUGACAUUCCACUAUAAGAGAAGCAGUCUGAGUUACUUCGGAGGUGUCUGUUCUCGCACAAGAGGGGUUGGUGUGAACGAGUAUGGUCUUCCAAUGGCAGUGGCACAAGUAUUAUCACAGAGCCUGGCUCAAAACCUUGGAAUCCAAUGGGAACCUUCUAGCAGAAAGCCAAAAUGUGACUGCACAGAAUCCUGGGGUGGCUGCAUCAUGGAGGAAACAGGGGUAUCCCAUUCCCGAAAAUUCUCAAAGUGCAGCAUUUUGGAGUACAGAGACUUUUUACAGAGAGGAGGUGGAGCCUGUCUUUUCAAUAGACCAACAAAGCUAUUUGAGCCUACAGAAUGUGGAAAUGGAUACGUAGAAGCUGGGGAGGAAUGUGACUGUGGUUUCCAUGUGGAAUGCUAUGGAUUGUGCUGUAAGAAGUGCUCCCUGUCCAACGGGGCCCACUGCAGCGAUGGGCCCUGCUGUAACAAUACCUCAUGCCUUUUUCAGCCACGAGGUUAUGAGUGUCGGGAUGCCGUGAAUGGGUGUGAUAUCACUGAAUAUUGUACUGGAGACUCUGGCCAGUGCCCGCCAAAUCUUCAUAAGCAAGAUGGAUAUGCCUGCAAUCAAAAUCAGGGCCGCUGCUACAACGGCGAGUGCAAGACCAGAGACAACCAGUGUCAGUACAUCUGGGGAACAAAGGCUGCAGGAUCUGACAAGUUCUGUUAUGAAAAGCUGAACACAGAAGGCACAGAGAAGGGAAACUGCGGCAAGGAUGGAGACCGGUGGAUCCAGUGCAGCAAACAUGACGUGUUCUGUGGAUUUUUACUUUGUACCAAUCUUACUCGAGCUCCACGUAUUGGUCAACUUCAAGGAGAGAUCAUCCCGACUUCUUUCUAUCAUCAAGGCCGAGUGAUUGACUGCAGUGGUGCUCAUGUAGUUUUAGAUGAUGAUACAGACGUGGGCUAUGUAGAAGAUGGAACACCAUGUGGCCCAUCCAUGAUGUGUUUAGAUCGGAAGUGCCUACAGAUUCAAGCCCUAAAUAUGAGCAGCUGCCCACUUGAUUCCAAGGGUAAAGUCUGUUCAGGCCAUGGGGUGUGUAGUAAUGAAGCCACCUGCAUCUGUAAUUUCACCUGGGCAGGAACAGACUGCAGUAUACGAGAUCCAGUUAGAAAUCCUCACCCACCCACGGAUGAAGGACCCAAGGGUCCUAGUGCCACCAAUCUCAUAAUAGGCUCCAUCGCUGGUGCCAUCCUGGUAGCAGCUAUUGUCCUUGGGGGCACAGGCUGGGGAUUUAAAAAUGUCAAGAAGAGGAGGUUCGAUCCAACUCAGCAAGGCCCCAUCUGAAUCAGCUGCAUGGGAUGAUGCCACCUUGCACUACUGGGUCCUGGGUGUGACACACUUGCCGCGACUAUGCAGGAACUCUUAAGUCUGUAAGCAAGAACACUGGGUGGUAAUGACUACAGAGCUGAAGUCCGGGUGAUGGGGAUGGGGAAAAAGAAAACUGUCCCUUUUGGAAAUAAUCUCAAAGAACCCCUCCCACAACCUGUCAAUAAAAGUGGGGCAAAGACCAUGUUAUCAAAAGAACUGUUUGGAAUCCUUUUUUUUUUUUCCCUAAGGAAAGGAGAAAGGAACAAAAAACAUUAAGUGCAAUAAAAGAACCAUUAAAAAAUAGCAAAUGAUUAUCCCCCCCUCAGCCUGCUGGCACUUAAUAUCUUCUAAAUGAUUUGGCAUGAUUUUUUUUCUUUUACUACCAAUGACAAACUCCAGUGGCAUGAAGAUUCAAUUUUUGAAAGGGUAAAAACUGCAUGGCAUAUAUUACUAGAAGCUAGCAAGCCAAUCCUCAGCAAAACCUGCAAUGGAAUUCCUAAGGGGAAGAUGACAGAUGACCACGCAGAAGCUGCCUGGGCCUACAAAACACCUCCUCACCCAUGCUCACCCCCUGUGGCCCCUUCCCCAGCCCCUUAAGAACCCCCAAUCCCUUCUAGAUGAGUCCUUGGCCGAACUUCGUGGGACCAUGCUCUUGUUGAUUCACUUUCCCUAUUAUUUUUCCUUCUGGACCAAGCAUCCUUUGGAAAUGGGAGCUGGAAUUUGAACAAUGAUGCUAUUGUAUAGUUCUUUUAUAAAUGUAAAUAUGGAAAUAAGAGAUUUUGACACAUCAUUUUCACUUGUCUGUACUGAGAUUUUUUUUUUCCUUGUCAAGAUUCUGUGUAAAUUCAAGUUUGUUGCUUGCUCCCAUCUUUUCUGUUUCUUUUCUUUCUUUCCUUCUUCGUCUCUGUCCUCUCUUGUACCAUGUCCUAUGAUUGUUGGGCUUGCUAAAGACAGACGUAGCCACAGAUGCAGGGAGUUUGAGCACAAAACAAGUCUAACUUAAAGUUAGUAUGCUGGAAACCAAAAAUAAACAAAAGGGUGGGGGUCACAAACAACAAAAUAACCCAUAUCAAAACAACAAAAAUUAUGUAAAUGCAAGUGAAAUGCACUGAAGAGUCUCUAAAAUAUUUUGAUGUCAUCAUAAACAUAUGUAUAUAAUGUAAGAAAGUAGCCACCCUCUCAAAUUAAUCACAGAAGUGCCAAGCUCAUAAUUUUAGUUUUUGGUUUUGACAAUUUUCUUUCCCUAUCCUUAAUGUGAAAGGAGGAUAAACUUAAAGCCUUAAAUAAUAAUAAUAAUAAAACAGUAAUUUUUAAAUGUUGAAAGCUUGGGGAAAAGUUAAACUUUCCAUUUUAUUCAUAUUUUGUCUAUACUCCAUCUUUCUCUCUCAAAAAUAUAUAUGGUAGAACUCCAUUGUAACAGUGGGAAUGGAGACAGAAGCAGCAAUUAACCUUCUUGUUGGCAUUGUUGUAACAGGCUGUAAUUCUGUGUGCAGUAUUUUCUGGAAGCCUCGUUUGGCCCACAGCAUUUUGUUGACACACAGAAUGUUGUGCUGGAUUAUAAUGGGAUUCCACUAUAUGCAAAUUCAUGUUCUUCUUUUCCCUCCAGGAACAUUUGCAGAUAAAAUCUUGGGGUUCCCAAGUCCCUCUGAGUUUCCUUCACUUUCACUGAUUUUUUUUCUGUUUAUGGUUAAUGUAUAGCUUCCAUUCAAGUGCUAAGCAAACAAGUUAAUAAAGAAAUUUGGCCAAAACAGCUUUGUUUCCCAUGCACAAACUUUUGCAUCACCAGUGAGCAUCCAUGUAGAGACGAGUUUCUACUAAAGGUCCCCAUAGACCCACCCUGCCAAUUUUCCAUGUCUCUGUUUUAGGAACAGGACACUCCAGUUGUACUAUUCAUUUCUUCAUGGUACCCAGUUAGUUUCUAGAUUUAGCACUAAGUCCCUUUUCAGCAAGAUUCAUAAUAUGAGUUUUAUAACUUUUUCUUUGACUUUGGAAAAGGUGAUGUUCUAAAAAUGUACUGCUUAAAACGUUGGGACUUCCCCCUAGGGUAUCUUUCAUUAUAGAAAUUUCACAAUCAUAGAGCAGAAACCUUAAUUUCCAUAUGCUACCAUAGACCACAAUUGAACAUUCUAAUCCUGUUAUUGCUUCCUGAGUAAUAGGUGCUACACAGGUAUGCAGCCUUUCUCGAGAACUUGCUCCAUGUUUAUAUGGUAAUAACAGGGCUAUCUAAGAGGUUCAUCAGCCUUACUUCUGGUUUCACGUGACACAGGUUGUAUUCCUUUACUGAAUGGAAAUGGCUCUUCAAGUUCAGAGGAAGGUUGGAGGAAACUCAGAUUACUUGGUAUAUCUCCCUGUUGCUGCAUUGCUUAGUGGGUCCUCACCACUAGGAGAUACCAAACUGCUGCUAACAACACACCAUAUGCAUUUCCCUCCUGUUCCAGAGGUACCAUGGUGACUUAAUAGACAUAAAACCAUAUGGUUACAAAAAAAAAUCUCUAUUGUUAACUUUUGAACAUUUCACAAACAACAUUGUAAAUGUGCGAUGUUAUGUUUUAAAUCAGACCACAGUGGUCCCCAGAUAUUAUGUACAUAUGGCAAAUGUCAGUAUAACUUUUUGUUAUGCUGGCAAUUUCAAGGGUAACCAAACCUAUGCUCCAAUGUCAAAUUAUUUGUGUGUAUAUGUAAAAUACACAAGCUUUAAGCUCUGUGUGUAUGAAUAUGAAAGAUAAUGCAAUCAUAUUGUAAACAAAGGAUAAUAAUUAUUUUUGGUGGUAUUAGGUUAUGUAGUUUCAAACUCUGCUGUAUUUCCUCUCGCACCUGCCAUUCAUUUGCUGAUUUCUGUGAUGUGAAUUCUCCUUUUUAUUAGUUUGAGCUCAAAGCACAAGCAGAUCACUGUUUAAUGUUACCCAACAAGAGUGUUAAGUGAUGACCAAGUUCCCAUUUCACCUGCUAUACUUUUACUGCGAUAAAUAAUGACAUCUGGAUGAGGAGGCGUGCGCUAACUUCAUUGCUCACCUGGGACAGUGCAUGAGCCCACUGAAUUAGAGCUACUCCUACUAGACAAAUGAGCAGUAUCCAUAGGUGCAUGUUAUGAAACAUGAAUCACAUAGAGCUGUGGAGUUUUACCAAGUGAUGUAUGUGUGUUUUUUUGUUUGUUUGUUUGUUUUUGUUUUUUUACUAUGCAAAGAUGGGAAAUGCACAAACUUUUCAGAGACUGAUGUCUGAAGAACUCUACAAACAAUACUUGAAUUCUUUCUUUAGUCAUCCCAUCGUGUCUGAUAGUCAUUGUUUCUUCCAUUGUUAAUUUCCAUUUCUAAAUGAUUUGUAAUUUUUUUAAGUGCACAACCUGAAGUUUUGUUUGAAGUUAAUAAAUUCAUUCACAUCUUGUUGGCCGCCUACGAAUGGAGAUUCAGUUAUUGUACGCAUCUUUCAGUCAAGUGUAUAUUAAAACUUUCAUUAAUGUAGAAUGUUGUAGCUUUAUGCUUUGAUCACUUAUUCCCAAAAUCUUUUUCUGUGUUCUCUUGUAUUGUUGAUUAAAUGACCAUGUGCCUGACAUCAUCAGAGUUUUAACACCAAUCCAGAUAAAAGGCUCACUGAAAUUUUAAGCAAUCAAUGGAGCAAAAUAAAAUCUGACUAGUGACAAAUGUU